AUGGAUCCAUUACAUCAGUCAAGGAGUCGCAAUCUAAAAUCAACAAUGGUAACUGAAGAUCUUUAUGCCCCCUUGUCACCAUGCCCUAUCCCAGAUAUCAGUGAUGACGAAUUGGUUUCUAUUUCGGUACGUGAUUUAAAUCGCACCCUAAAAAUGCGUGGAUUAAAUCGUGAAGAAAUUGUACGCAUGAAACAACGACGACGUACAUUGAAAAAUCGCGGUUAUGCUGCCAGUUGUCGGAUAAAACGUAUCGAACAAAAAGAUGUCUUGGAAACGGAAAAAAGUCAUGAAUGGAUUGAAUUGGAACAAAUGCACGAAGAAAAUGAACAAUGUAGUCGAGAGAUAGAAAAUUGGAAAAAGAAAUAUGCGGCUUUGCUGCAAUUUGCUGCACACAAUGAUAUACCAAUACCACAGGAAUUGGAAACAUGUUGA